AUGACUUCCAAAUCCGAUGCUCCGCCCUCGGCGGCCACAGAGGCUGUCUUGGUCAAGUCCGAGGAGAUGCCUGCUGACGCUCAGAAGGUCGAGGAGCUGGACUUCAAUAAGUUCAAAGGCCCAAUCACUGCGGAAGACCUCUUCGAGGGCAUGCGUCACAUGGGCUUCCAAGCGUCUUCUAUGUGUGAAGCCGUGAGGAUCAUCAAUGAUAUGGGUGCAUGGAGAGACCCAGAGACGGGGGACAAGACCACAAUUUUCUUGGGAUAUACUUCCAACCUCAUCUCAUCAGGCCUUCGUGGUGUCCUCCGUUGGCUUGUCGAGCAUAACCACGUGUCAUGUAUCGUCACCACAGCUGGUGGCAUCGAAGAGGAUUUCAUCAAGUGCCUUGGUGACACAUAUGUUGGUUCCUUCAGUACCCCUGGAGCCGAACUACGUCGCAAGGGUCUCAACCGCAUUGGAAACCUCGUUGUUCCUAAUGCGAACUACUGCGCCUUCGAAGACUGGGUCGUCCCCAUUCUCGACAAGAUGCUUGAGGAGCAGGAGGCUAGUAAAGGCACUGAGGAAGAGAUCAACUGGACGCCAUCAAAGGUAAUUCAUCGUCUGGGUCAGGAGAUCAAUGACGAGCGAUCCGUCUAUUACUGGGCAUACAAGAACAAUAUUCCAGUGUUCUGCCCUGCCAUCACUGACGGAAGCCUCGGCGACAUGCUCUAUUUCCAUACUUAUAAGACCUCACCCCUCCAACUGAAGAUCGAUCUGGUUGAAGAUAUCCGACGUAUCAACACCAUUGCUGUCCGGGCCAAGCGGGCCGGUAUGAUCAUUCUGGGUGGUGGUAUCAUCAAGCACCACAUUGCCAAUGCAUGUUUGAUGCGCAAUGGUGCUGAGUCGGCGGUUUACAUCAACACGGCACAAGAAUUUGAUGGCAGUGAUGCGGGUGCUAGACCAGAUGAGGCGGUAUCGUGGGGCAAAAUCAAGAUUGGGGCUGAUAAUGUGAAAGUAUACAUGGAGGCAACAGCAUGUUUUCCCUUUAUUGUAGCAAACACUUUUGCGAAGGAUGUUGGAAAGUCUGACCAAUAG